AUGGCCGACCCGAGCACUUGUCCGCCACUCGUACCCUCGUCCAUUGUGGCGGCCCACGCCAAAAUCAAGUCUUACAUCCACCACACGCCCGUCCUGACGUCGAGGUCGUUGGACGCCAUCGCGAGCGCGCCGGACCCGCGAGCGUUUCUGACCGACAGCCCGCCUACGUUCGAGGAUGCCGAAGCUUCACGGUCCGCGGGCGGCAACGCCGAAACGACGCCGCGGUUCCGCUUGUGGUUCAAGUGCGAAAAUCUGCAAAAGAUAGGAGCCUUCAAGGCCCGAGGCGCGUUCCACGCCGUGACCCGGCUCGUGGAGGAGAUGGGGAUAGAGGAAGUCAGGAAACGUGGAGUGGUGACGCAUAGUAGUGGUAACCACGCUCAAGCUCUGGCUCUUGCGGCCUACACGUUCAAGAUCCCAAGUUACAUCGUGAUGCCGAGCAUCAGCACGCCUUCCAAAAUCGCUGGUACGAGACUGUACACGCCCAACGUCAUCUUUUCGGGAUCGACGAGUCAAGAGCGCGAAGCCGUCGUGGAAAACGUCGUCGCUGACAAAGGGGCCAUCCUUGUCCCGCCGUAUGAUCACCCGGACAUCAUUCUCGGGCAGGGAACUGUGGGGCUGGAACUCGAGAAGCAAGUGGAUGAAUUGCAACAACGCGCCACGGUGGUGUCGUCGUCAACUUCCAACAAGGCUGCCGGGCUAGACGCUGUCAUAACACCCCUUGGAGGCGGAGGACUCUUGUCGGGUGUCGCGACGUACUUCUCUGAUAAGCCGGGCACGUUGGUGUUUGGGGCCGAGCCGAGUUUCCAGGGCGGCGACGACGGACGGCGCGGACUCGAGCAAGGGAAGAGGAUUGAACAUGUCAAAACGCUCACGAUCGCAGAUGGUCUGCGGACGCCCGUGGGCGUGACAAACUGGGGUGUUCUCAGUGAUCGUAGGAAGCUGGAGGGCGUCUAUGCCGUGACGGAAGACGAGAUCAAGAUGGCCAUGAGACUUGUGUUUGAACGGUUGAAGGUCGUAGUUGAGCCGAGCGGCUGUGUCGGAUUGGCCGUGGUGCUCUUCAAUAAAGACUUCAGGGCCAUGUGUGCGCAGAGACAAAUGGGGCUGGAGAAGGAUGGGUGGGAUGUGGGCGUUGUGUUUUCGGGCGGGAAUACGACGAUGAAGGCUAUUGCCAAGUUGUUUGGAGAGGACGGUGGUGGUAAUGUUGAGGAGAAGCAAGCAGAGGAGGGAGAGAGGCAUGCUGGGAAAGUUGGGAGGGAUGGAGAGAGCAAGGUUGAAGAUGUCGCUGGGUGA